AUGUCGAACAACGACAAUGUGAUGGCCCGCUUCUUGUUCGCAAUUCUACAGCAGAAAUGCCUGAAGGAUAUCGACUGGAACAAAGUGGCUCACAACCCGAUCCUCGCCCAAGAGAUCACCAACGGCCAUGCCGCUCGCAUGCGAUACUCGCGGUUCCGAGCCGCCAUGCUAGGCCUGGAGCCUCAGCGCCGGAACCGUCCUAAUACCAACAACACCAACAACAAGAACCGCGUGUCGAAGAAAAAGAAGGACGAUAGCCCCAAGCCGGUAAACAAGCCACCGAAGAAGGACGAGGAGGAGGAUAUCGUAAAGAGGAGCGGCAGCGGAAUUGGGAACAUUAAGACUGAAAAGACAGUCGACCCGGCCAUCAAGUCUGAACGAAAAAGCAUCAGCCAGCGACCCCCGCAACCAUCCCAACCUCCCGCGCCGAUGAUCACGCCAGCCAUGAUGAAAGCCGAGCCAGGUCUUGUCAACCCUCUUAACCAACGCCAACACCUCCACCAGUCCUCCGUCCUCUCCGCUGCCUCUCCCAGUAUCAAGAAAGAACGCCUCCCCACCACCACCGCUUCCACUUCCGCCGCCACCGCCACCGCUAAAACUGCGACCUCCAUGCCCGAGCCCUCUCCUUUCGGCAUCCUCACUGCAACUCCCACAGCAUCCUCCUCCGCAUCUUCCACCCCAUACAUCGACAACAGCCACCACCGCAUGCAAAUGCGUCUUCUGACCCCGUGCAGCGAUUCCGACGGCGUCGUCGCCAGCAUGCAAGGCUUCCUCCCCCACAGCCCACCACCGACCGAACUCCUGCACCACCACCACAACCAACACCAGCACCACAUGGUCGGCGCCGGCUCCCCACCCCUCUCCGCAUCCGCCCCAUCACCCUACGACCUGUCCCAACAGCAGUGCUACGACAGCACGGGAUCGCCCAGCCCAUGGCAUUCCCAGCACCAGCCGCACCACCACUCCCACCCCCACAACCACAACCACAACCACAACCACCACUCCCACCACCAGGCACAACCACAAGCACUCAACCCCCUAUUCACCCCCCAACCCAACUUUGGCCUCGGCCUGAACUUGGGCCUCGGCUCAGGCUACGGUCUCGACAACGGCUUCGGCACUAGCAGCAGCAACCCGUUCUGCGGCGACCAUCAGCACCACCACCAUCACGGUCAUGAGCAUGAGCAUGAUGGGCAUCAUGGUGUGGAUCCGUUGAGGUUGCAGCUUAGUGGUGGUGGUGGUGGUGUGGGGGGGACGAGUAUGUUUAGGGAGAGGGAGUUGGAGUUGGAGAUGAGUGGUGGUGGUGGUGGUGGCGGUGGUGUUGGGGGGGUGGUUAAGGGGGAGUGGGAUGGGGAGGGGUUUGAGAUUUGA